UUUCCCCGCUGCGUUGUUUAUCCGAACAAAACUACAUUUUCCAUAGCGCCCACGUCGCCGUAUCUGCCUCUAAAAAUCCAAAGGAACUCCACGAGCACGUGCAAUCGGCCCAUUGAUCCCAGUGUUUACCCAGUAACGUGCGAAUUGUGAAAAUAACGUGGAAAAGAGGAAGUCAACGCUGUUGGGAUCGAGCUGGCAGUAGAGCAAGUGCCGCUUGCUACAGACUCGCUGACGCAUGCGCCCGCGGAACGCGGCAAAUUGGCGUGUUCGAUCAUAAACAUUAUUUCUCCCGGCACCGGAAGAAAACUGUCGGAUAAUUUGCCCAGUAAAUAUUUAAAAAGUGAAGGCAGUCUUCAUCAUGCAAACAUCAUAUUUAAUUAUAGUCAAGAGGGUAACGAGUAAAAUUAAUUAAUAAGCGGUUAAUUAACCGCUGUGAGCCCCUUGGAAUAUCGCGGCUUGAUUAAUUAUUCAAAUGAACUCUGGCUGAAUUAAAAUCCCUGGCGUAACAAUUGCAUCGCAACGACAGGAUCAACUAUUCCAUAUUCAAAAGAUCGGAAAAUCUCUUCCCCAUUCUCGCCGAUACACCGCUGCAUGCCGGGAUAACCUUGACAUUUCAUUGUGACGUGAUCACGUUUAUUUUAGAAAGGUACUCGAAGAGUUAACGGUAUGGCGCAGGUUUAGAACAGCAGAAUCCAAGCUGAGCAAUUUCUUUCGCACCCUUUCCCCUCGCGAAGACCCGAGAACCGUUUCCCCGGGGAGAUUCAAAUGAUUUUGUUACAAGUGCCUGGAGUACGUUUGUAAGAUUUAUCGAGACUAGUCACAGGCUGGGGAAGGGGCGGUUUUAGGGGCUCCUACCGGUUCCCGAAUGAUCAGCAUUUCUAGAGCAAUUGAGAGAACUGCUCACCAUGGAAUUCCGGUGAGGUAUUUAUCAUCCGGUGGGAAACCGAUGGCUUCUGAGGUCUUAACGAGCUACCUGAUGCAGACCAAAGAGCCACCGUGGACCUCGUACUUCGUGAGGUACACAGAUGUCGUCAAUGAUCAACGUGGCAUGUCACACUUCAAUUGGCCAGCGGGAAGUAGCAACUACCACGUACUCCGUACAGGUUGCUUUCCCUACAUCAAAUAUCAUUGUACAAAACGUCCGAAGGAGGACCUCAGUGUCGAUGACAAAUUCUACAAGGCGAUCAAGAUAAUUAACCUUGGUAUUCCUCUUCUGCUGUACGGCCUGGCUGCAACCCAAUUGAUAAGACACGAGGAGAUCGUUAAAACACCCAGGGGCGAGGUUAAAAUUUAUUUUCUACUUCCUGAAGAUAAAGGGUCUCGGCACUGAGAAUCAAGACUGAAGAUUGGUCUAGUGUUUGCUCGAGGUUUUUGUAUUCGGGGGUAUUCAGAUGUUGAGUGAAAUACAAGAUUUUGAACAGGAAAUUGGGGGAAUUCGUGUGGAUUUCCGGAUUAAACCUUUGGAGGAGGAGAAGUUUGCUUGUUGGGGCAAGGGACACGACUUUCUAGAGACAUCGGGAGUAUUGAGGAUACCUUGGGGGCUUCGUUUAGAGUCUCUGAAAGGUCACUGAUAUUUAUUACCCAGCUCGUUAAGUUAUUGAUCGCAUGCCAAUUGAUUGGGUUGUUAAUUAGCGCGAUUAUUCAUUCGAUAUUGAAACAGUUUUUUAGACCUCGUGUUUCAAUUAUUUAGAGAAUAUUGAUGAGAGCGCGGAGAGGAUUUUUUUGGGGAGUUUUUAAUUGGGAGUGAGUGAAAAAUGGGGAGAAAACGUGGAUUUGCCUCUUUUAUUCCGGAAUUUCCAUCGCGCUGAAUAUCAAAUUUCUAUUGAAAUUAUAUUAUUUGUAAGCGAUCUUAUAUAAUUUAUGUGAAGGGGACUCAGAGGAUUUGGGAAUAUAGUGGACACUAACUAGAAUAACUAAAAUUUGGUGAUAGAUUUUCAAAAGAUUGAAAAUGGGCCCCUGAAAAUCACUGACAUUUCCCUAAAAAUUUAUGACAAUGUCCCUAGAACAUUGAAUUUUUUUUUCUCUGUGUGAAAUUGGAUUGAAGAAGAGGAAUCGUCCAACUGGAGUUACAAGUCCAUUUCCUCAGAUUAUUUUGAAAUUUGUCAAGUUCAAUUGAAUAAAGUGAAUCUGAUGUAUUUGAAGUAAA